AUGGCCACUUGUAACUGCCGUUCAACUUUGCCGCACACCACUUCGGUUGAGACCAGUGAUUACAGUCAAUUACAGCCAUUUCCUUUCUGGCUCCCAUCCCUGCCAUCAUUCAAUUUUGCUACAAUUCUUGUUUUCGUGUUCAUUUUGUUAUAUUUCUUGUCCUCUUCAGCUAUUUCCAUCUUACUUUCAUGGCCAUUCAAAUCUGCUUCCUUUCUAUUUUUCUUUUACCAACUGAUGAACUUUUCUUUCUUUCGUUUACUUCACACAGAUUCCUUAGCAAUAUUUACUUCGUUUCCAUCACCCACAGACUCCUUAACAAUCUUUCUUUUUAUUAUUCCUCGCCCCAAGACUCCUUAUCAAUCUUUCAUCACUGAUAUAUUUUAUUGUUUAUUCUCUGGUGCCUAUAUUUUGUUUCUUUUUAUUUCGUUCAAAUAUUUCUCCCUGUUUUUUUUUCCAUUUAAUGGAGUUUUUUUCUAUUUUCUCCCAUUCUGUUCAUCCAUUAUUCGCUUUCUUUCGCAUUUCAUAGAAUUUCCUCGCCGCUCUCUUAACAGAACUGAUUUUACCAAAGAUGUCAACAAUUACUCUCCAAUAUCAUCUAUAUCUCUCUCUCUAUCUAUCUAUAUCUCUAUCUAUCUAUAUCUCUCUCAUCUAUCUAUAUCUCAUCUAUCUAUAUCUAUCUAUCUAUAUCUCAUCUAUAUCUAUAUCUCUCAUCUAUCUAUCUAUCUAUCUAUAUCUCAUCUAUCUAUUAUCUAUCUAUCUAUCUAUAUCUAUCUAUAUCUCUCUAUCUAUCUAUCUAUCUAUCUAUCUAUAUCUAUCUAUCUAUCUAUAUCUAUCUAUCUAUCUAUCUAUAUCUAUCUAUCUAUAUCUCUCUAUCUAUAUCUAUCUAUAUCUCUAUCUAUCUAUCUAUCUAUAGAUAUCUAUCUAUCUAUAUAUCUAUCUAUCUAUAGAUAUCUAUAUCUCUCUAUCUAUCUAUAG